AUGAACCCACAAAGAAUUAUUGAAUUACAAAAACAUUACCAAAACACUCCAAAACCAUUAUGGUUGAGAGGAAAACAAUCUGCUUUCUUGGUUUACCCAUUUUACGCUUUAUUCACUGUUGCUACUGUUGUUCCUUUAUACUACACCGGUAGAGCCGUUGCUGGUUUGAAAGACGAAUAA